AUGAGAAUGGACUUGUUUGGCUGUAAGGAUUGUAAGUAUAAUUUGUUAGAGGGAGAUUUGUAAAAAUUUGAAUUACUGAGAUACAUGUGUUGCCGUAUACAGCCAAUAAUUAAUAGUAAUAAUACUUAAAAAUUCAUAAAGCGCCUUUUCCAUGCAAAUAUGAUCAAAAGCGCGUUACAGUGCUUUGAAUGUUAAAAAAGAAAAGAAAAGCUGAAAUGUACAUAGCAAUUUAAGCUAAAAAGUAAAUUAAGCUUAAAAAUUUGAAUAAACAAACGAGCUUUAUCUUAGUAUCGCACGCAGCCGUUUUUGUCUCGUCACACAACUCUCCUCCCCAUCUUUCUUCCUCGGGUAACCAAUGAGAACAAGGAAUGUGCCUCAUUUUGCUUGCUAGCCACAUAAUAAGUACUUAAGUGCUAUUUGGUAUGAUGCAGUACUUUCUAGCCUGCUCAAAGGAAAUGGGAUUGAGACAUCUACUUGCAGGGUAACUGCUGUCGUCGAAAACGGAGGCAUCUGCAUCAAAAUUCGUCCUCAAAACAUCCCCACAAUGCAAUUCGAUCGACACAACACCUGACCCCAGCCUCACGCGCAACCUCGAAGUGGCCAAUAAAGAUUUGCGGCACUCGAUUGGUUAUCAAAAAAUUCUAUUGUUUUCUGCCAAUCAUAGUUCUUCAUUCUCUGAUAAUUGAAUUACAUUUCCUCGUUUUUGCACUCUGUUUACUUAUAAACCGUUUACAGUCCCUUAUUUUUCCGUAAGUUCCUCGAGAUCAAUCGCUUUACAUUACGGGCGGCCAUGUACCUUGGUUUUUGUAUCAAAUCUACUUUCUCGCCUCCCUCCCCCCACAUAAACCCCACAUGCUAAAAACCCCGACACCCGCCCCUUGGUACAAAUGAAAGCAAAAUGGCCGCCCGUACCGGUAAGCGCGCGAUCUUAAAACUGCAUUGCUCUCAUCGAAUCAGAUUCAAUAAACCUAAUCGUCUGUAAAAUUUAGAUAUUGUAUUUGAUAAGUUUCCCAAAUUAUUUCUUGUCGUCUUUACAUUGAUUAUGUGCUUUUCUUUUUCAGACCAAGUUUCGUUGGCGUUAAACAUUAAUCUUUAUGAUGUUCGUUUGAUAGCCGACACUAGUGAAUCUGUGACUCUAACCUGUGUGGCAAGUUACAGCCCUCGACAACCCUCUGGGUAUAGUUGGAGCAGAGAUGGAACGGGGCUGUCUGACACAACCUCCUCUGUUACUAUACCUUACAACAGUGCCAGUAAUAUAUACACUAACUCUUGUGCAAGAAAGCUUCAUUCAGCCAGUGAAGUCCAGUGUAAUUCAACCUACCAAUGCUCUGCGUCACUUUCUGGAAUACAAAGCAGUCAUUUUACCACUGCAAAUGUUAUAGUGUCCUUAAGUAAGCAACAAUUUGUGCGUACCUUGAAACUCCUUUUUGCUCGUUAUUGUGUGUAUAAAAAUUAAUUUAAUAUUAGGGAACACGCAGUUUUCAGGAACUAAUAUAAGGACACGAAAAUAUAUAGCAUUCCAACAAUACAUAACUGUAAACGUAUUUGAUGAAAGAAGUACUUUCUCAAAAAAACACCUCAACCUUUAACGUAUUCUAAGUGGGUUGACUUACUUUUUUAAAAUUAUUCUCUCUUUUUUUUCGCGCGUUUGUUUAUUCGUUGAUUUUGUCACUAUUUCGACGGUAUAAGUGCUGAGUAUUAGAUAACCUUAUAAAUUAGGCUCAUUAUGAGGAACAUUUUCGCUCUUUUCAGAGAAACCACGCCAGCCAGUUGUUCAAGUUAAUCCAAGUGACGUUAAAGCAAGAUCAACAUUAGUUAGAUGGUCGUAUAGUCCUGGAGGGGAUGAAAUGCCUGUUACUGCCUACAAUCUUGAGUAUCGAAAUAGUACUUCUACAGAUGAUAUAACUUUGGGAGUUGUAUUGAGUAAACUGAUUACUAACCUCAAGCCAUACACACUUUACAGUGUUAGGUUGAUAGCCACAAGUGGCUUAGGAAAGGGUCUGUGGAGUAAUUUCCAGAAUUUCACAACAAGAACUGCCAGUAAGUGAUGAUGCAAAUUUGAUGCAGUGCUAAGAAUGAUAAUUUAUAUAAUACGUUAUUUUUCCAAUGUAUUGACCGUUACAUCGUUUUAGCGGCUCCAAUCAUUCAGGUAAUGAAAUAUUAACUACUGCUGUUAUCAUCUAAUCGAUACUUUCAUUAAAAUCUGAAGAACUGUGACAGAUAAAGGUGUGUAAGAUCAUAAUCAGGCGUCCGGUCAUAGGACAGAGCUAUUCUGAUUGAGUAUCAAUCAAUCUGAACUUAACUUGUUAUUUUCCCUUUUUAGAGCCUGAAGUCGAUGUCCCAAUCGUGAGUGUGACAAGUCUUACUUCGCAGUCAAUUCUUGUGAAAUGGCAGGUAAACAUCAGAUUUAUUUUAACAAAAACUCCUUCGUGUCCAUAAGUACUUCGUUUCUCAAGAGGGUUGCCUAUUAUUUCCAUGCUUCUCCAAAGACUAUUACCCAGUCGCUAUUGAGGUAGGCGGAUCUUUCCCUCGCCCCUUCCCACAACUCUUCUCCCCCACUCAAUCCUCUCAUACCCCGAGAUUUAUAAAUGGCGACCGUGUAGGAGUCUGGUUUCCUCAGACAGAAAAAACCUGUGUAACCAGUGCCAUCUUGGUUCAUUUGAUAUGAUCACGGCCUUUGUGUAAACAAGAGAAAACAUUUUAGGCUUGAAAUUGUCUGCAUCAAUCCCACAAAUUUAUCAUUUUGAGAUCUUAACGUUAAAUGGAGUUAACUGUUAAAAGGUUUGAAAAUAAACGUAGGUAAUGGGGAGGAGACUGGUUAUUAAAGCCGGCGAACAUCACUGGGAAGAUAAAAAUAAACUGGGCUGUAGUUUAUGAAGUGAAGUCCGCGACAGUGCACAAUCCUUUGUUUUUUGUUAAUGAAUUAUGACUGGGUGAAUUAAUGCGAUUUGAUGUAAAUGAUAUUUAGAAACUAAUGAAUUCGGCAUUCUAUUCGUAGGAUAUGAAGAAUUAAGCAGAUCGAGGAGGGUGUUAACGGUCUCUGUGGAUAACACCCUCUAAGAUUAUACAUUAUUUAUUUAUUUAUUUCAUUUAUUUAUUAUUCAUUCAAAAAAACUCCUAGUUUAAAAACAUAGCUAAAACAUGCUUACCUGCAUCGAUGUUAAGUUUAUCUUCGAUAGUGUACGUUUAGUUCAAUUUGUCCAGCUCCGCAAAUAUUCUCCAAAUAGCAAAUGUCGCCCUCCGCUGUUGCCUUCUUGCUGUUUUUGCUAUGUUUUUAGCCAUUAUUUCGCCUAGUUCCAGCUGUAGUUCUUACUCUUGACACGAGUAAAGUUUAGUUUUCACAACGAAAACAACUCAACCUCGUCCCCAGGUCUUCUCGGUUAACGGUGCAUUAACCUAUAGAAGGCUGCAUUUUUGACGUAAUUUCCUCGGUAAAAACAAAAUUCUUCCAAAUUUGGUCAUCAGUAACUGGCUAUGGUGAAGUAUGCAUGUGCUUUUAGCCAAUCAGAAUUGGGGAAAUAUUUUGAAUGAAUAAUAAUGAACGUUAUGCAACGUCAAGCCCCCAAAAAGCUAACAAAAGUAUAUACAAAAACUUUUAUAUUCCUCUUAAUUAACUAUGGUAUAAAGCAUGUUUUGCAAUAGCUGUGGAUUCACAAGUAUGUCAAAAAGAACGAAGAAGGAAGACCAAUACAAAAAACAAAAACAACAGCAGUUACAUGGAGGAGGGUUUCUGGUUAGAUAUUUACCGUGAUCUGCGGCGGUCUCCAAAUUCUGGUCUCGCCGUUAUGACAGUAGUGACUUUCAAACAAAUGUUUGAAGAUAACCACGGGUACGUCCGUAUGAGCAUGCAAGGUUUAACUGGGAGGAGAGGUUACUUAAUGAUGUAUUACUUGAACACUAAUUUAGUCAUAUUCACGUCCAAGACACCAAGCACCACUAAUUUAAAUGGACCCCUUAGAGGGUACAGCAUUGCAUACAAGGAAGAAGGGAAAUCUUCAUGGACAACAGUCAACGUCAGUGACUCAUCAACCGAUGAGACUUUACAGAACCUGAAGAAAUGGACCGUAUAUUUCAUUAGAAUCGCAGUCAGUAAUGGCGACUUUCUUGGUCCACCGGGUCCUGAAAAGCAAGUUCGGACGCUAGAAGAUGGUUUGUAUACUCCUUAACUUGAGCUUGUUUUCUACAAGUAUCUGUUUCUUUUCCCUUAUUACUUCCAGAACAAGAAACGAAAAACUAACAAAAGGAGAGCAAUUGACUUUCACCUCUGUCUCUUCCUAUUUUCCCUUCAUUUAGCCCCCAGCAAACCAGUGAAUCUAAUGUUCACCUUGCAAGUGCCAAGUGAAAUAGCGAUGCCGAGAAUGACGGUCCACUGGCAACAGCCUGCUGAACAAAAUGGUUUCAUCAGAAAAUAUAGAUUGUUUUUGACCUACACCUUUGAUGGAAGACAAUCUACCAUUAUAAGUGAAACAAAUAAUCAGACCUUUAGCCACAGUCUAGAUGUUUUCGGUGGAAUUCAGUACAGUGUUGAGAUUUGGGCAGAAACUAUUAAACCUGGGCCAACGCUAACUGGAACUAAACAAGUACCAGAAUACAGUAAGUAUCUGCAUUCAGUUUCCUGCUCUCAGUGCUGUUGUAUCAGCGGGCCUUUGACAAGAUGAUGUGUGUACACGGAAUUCGUAAGGGAAAUGAGAAGCACUGAGAAGCUAUACAGCUUUGAGCUGUAAGUCCUUAAGAAAUGAAAGAGAGACACUCCUCCUGCUUAAAAAGCCCUAUAACGCCUGCAAACAGGAAAGAAAAGAAGGGGAAGAUUCCCAAGCCCAUUUUGAAGUACUUCUGCCACAUCGUGUUCAGUGAAAUCUAUAGUGUGUAUUGAAUAUAUGGUUAAAUUUUUUAACCCUCUACUUCAAUCUCGAAUAGUUACUUGUCAUUUACAAUUUUUCGGUUAUCGCAAGAUUGUAUUCUCACCAAUUGCUUCUUUUUUCAUUCUUUUUGCAGAACCAAGCGCGCCACCUCAAAACAUAACCUCUGAAAAGAUGAACGAAACAACUUACAAAAUAAGUUGGAAUCCUCUUCCCAGAGACAAGACCAAUGGUAGAGUGAUCGCAUAUGAAGUGAAUCAGACGAGGCUUUCUAUUACACUCACUGCAAGAUCCGCGUCCACUCCGUCAGUUCUGCAAAAAACAUCCGACACUUUUAUCGUUUUAACUGGUCUUUCAACGUGCUCUGUUUACAAAGUUGAAGUGCGUGCCUACACUUCUGCUGGGCCAGGAGUCUUUGGUAGACUUAAUCGUGACAUAACGACUUCAGGUAUUUCAAUGUAGUCAUAAUUCGACUUAAAACGGACACAAAAGGGGCAGAGCCGAGCGUGCGCGUUAUAGAGGAGUCCCUUUAGAGAUAAACUGUCCAAAAUAGAGAAGUGUUAGAAUUAUGUAUGAUCUCCAAGGGAAACUGAGUCGCUUCUUUGACAGAAUUAAUAUUAAGCUAUACAGGGAAAACUUUCCGUUCCAAAGAAAGCAAAUACAUAACGAAGUAUUAAGUAUCUUCGAAAAUGCUCUUAACCGGAAGGUCGAUGUAUUUAACUCGUUCUCAUAUAUUGUAAGUGUGUCCGUCGCUUACAAUCAUUGCAAAUGAUCAUUACUGAUUGGUUGUAGUUCCAAGUGAACCAACUGACGUGAAGACGGAAAAUCCUGGUAAACGGAGCAAAACCUUGCGGUGGGGUUAA